GGGAGGCGCGGGCCCCGGGGCGCCCCCAGGUGGCAUGAACGUGCUCUUCGUUGUGGUGGAUGACUUGCGUCCUGCGUUGGGCUCUUACGGAGACACCCUUGUGAGAUCCCCAAACAUCGAUCAGCUGGCGUCGAAAAGCGUUGUGUUCCAAAAUGCUUUUGCACAACAAGCUGUAUGUGCUCCGAGCAGAGUGUCAUUCCUCACUGGGCGCAGGCCUGACACCACAAGACUCUAUGAUUUUGAUUCCUACUGGAGGGUGCAUACCGGAAAUUACACUACCUUGCCCCAGUAUUUCAAGGAAAAUGGCUACUUUGCCAUGUCUGUAGGGAAAGUGUUUCACCCAGGGAUUUCAUCGAACCGUAAAGAUGACUAUCCCUACAGUUGGUCCAUACCGGCUUUUCAUCCCUCUUCUGAAAAAUAUGAAAACACAAAGGUUUGCAAAGGGAAGGAUGGAAAAGUUCAUGCCAACCUUAUUUGCCCUGUGGAUGUUUCGAAGAUGCCCGAGGGGACCUUGCCAGAUAUCCAGAGCACCGAGGAAGCCAUCCAUUUAUUGAACAUCAUGAAAGAAAGCAAGAGAAAAUUCUUCCUGGCUGUCGGAUAUCACAAACCCCAUAUCCCGUUCAGGUACCCGCAGGAAUUCCUCAAAUUGUAUCCCUUGGAAAACAUCACACUGGCCCCAGAUCCCAACAUUCCUAAAGGACUCCCUUCUGUGGCUUACAAUCCUUGGACGGACAUCAGGAAAAGGGAGGAUGUAGAAGCGUUGAACAUCAGUUUCCCUUAUGGGCCGAUUCCAGACCACUUCCAGAGGAAGAUUCGCCAAAGCUACUUUGCAUCCAUCUCUUACUUGGACAUGAUGGUUGGGAAGCUGUUGAAGGGCCUGGAUGACGCAGGGCUUUCACAUAACACAAUGGUAGUCUUCACAUCUGACCAUGGCUGGUCACUGGGCGAGCAUGGCGAAUGGGCGAAAUACAGCAACUUUGAUAUUGCGACCCGCAUCCCGCUGAUGUUCUACGUGCCGGGAAUGACAACGCCCGUCUCUUACCCAGGACAGAAGCUCUUCCCUUUCAUUGAUCCUUUCACCCAAAUUUCAAGACUUAUGCCUCAAGGGAAACCCAAAGAAAUUGUUGAGUUGGUGUCUCUCUUCUCAACACUUGCUCAACUAGCUGGUUUAAAAGUCCCCCCUGCGUGUCCCCAGACUUCAUUUCAUGUCUCGCUGUGUACCGAAGGGAAAAGCAUGGUUCAGUAUUUCCCACCCCUUUACGGAGGACAAAAGAACGUCAGCAAUGAAGGAAACAACACCAAUACACCUAUUGCUUUCAGCCAGUAUCCCCGUCCCGGAGACAUUCCUGAGUGGAACUCUGAUUUGCCAACGCUAGAAGAUAUAAGAGUGAUGGGAUACUCCAUACGUACUGCCGCUUACAGGUGUACUUUAUGGUUUGGGUUCAGUCCCAGCAACUUUACCAUCAAUCUAACCGAUGUCCAUGGAGGGGAGCUGUAUUUUACAGAUACUGACCCCAACCAAGAUCAUAACAUGUACAACAAAAGUGUCCUACAUGGGCCCCUUACCCUAAAGCUUUGCGAGAUCUUGGAGUGUUAAAUUGGGGUGGGGUGGGGGGGUUGCUUCCUGUCUGGAAAAGUUUGCAACUGAAUUGAUUGGCACAUUAUUUAUAUACACAUAGAACUUUGUGUUAUACACAAGGAAAUCCCUUAAAUAAUAGUUGUAUUUGUACUGAACAAUCUCAAACAUGCUAUGUAUGUGUGUUUUUCAAUGAUAUUCGUUAAUUUUUUAAUUAAUAAAGACCCCCUUUCCCCUUUUGUAGUUGUAUCAGGUCUGUUCAUCUUUCCAGAAGUUAAUGAUGGAGAUGAUUGGUUUUUUAAGUGCUGGGGGUGCGGGGUGGAAGGCACAGUACAAUAAAUUGCUUCAAAUUAACAAUGCCUAAAUCCUGUCCACGAGUUUACAAUCUAAAUCAGGGAUUGGGAAUGUGUGCCCCAGAGCAGUGGCAAAUGCAAACCAGGAAGAAAUUUUAAGUCAAUAUUUUUUUGUAAAACUAUAUGGGUUGAGGACAUCUAGGUGUUUUUGUUUUUGGCAGUGUUCUGUAAUUAAGAUUAUUGUUUUUAUAUGUUUCUAAUGCUAGUCUGUUGACCACAACACAGAAGGCUCUAUACGAACAUAUAUUAUGAUGAUAAUAAAGGCCAAGAUGAAACAGUUUUGACAUGGAUGUACCGAACUUUUGGGCAAGGGCUAGAAGUGGCGUCAAAGCUGCUGCCACCACUCACAUUUCUGCACAUAAUGCGCGCCCAUCCCCCUCUUAUCAGGAAUGUGCUGUGUGUUUGUUUCUCCAAGGGCUGCUCCUCUGUUCUGUUCUGACUAAUGUUCUGUGUAAAACAGCCCAUAAAGAAAUAGUGACUGCAUAAGUGAUGCCAUUAAUUUAAACUUUAUGCUUGAAGGUUGAACGAGGCUGGUUUGGUGUUGUCAGAUCCAGGCCUGAUGCUCAGUAGCUCGCUAAAAGGAAAGAAGGAAUAGUUAUGGUACCAUUAAUGACCAUUUAGUGUCCUAUUGUCUUAGCCCUGUUGCAGGUUUACCCAGAAAUAUGGCUGCAUUAAAUUGGACUUUCCCAAGCAAGCACGAAGCCCAAUGACGGCACUGGUUUCAUUAUUGUCCUCCUUCAAUCAUGGAAAUUAGGGCUAUAUGGACAGCUAUGAGCUAUGAAGUAUGUCCAGGUUCAGUUUCUGAAAGGGCAGCCCUGUUAGUCUGUUGCAGCAAAAACAACUAAGAGGAAUCAGGUCACGGUUGCAAUGAUGUCUGUGUAAUCCUUCUAGAACUUAUGUGAAGAAGUUCGUCUAAACUUUGCACCAUUCGUAUUCCCCAAAGUGGAUAUGAUUCAGAAAUGAAUGUGAUUCUUCACCGGAAGCCAGCGGUCCCUCGGCACACAAUUUGAUGAAUCUUGCUGCUUCCCUUAAUAUGGUAGCAAAUCUCCCUCUACUUAAGAUGGGUUUGUGACGAAGCACCUGCCUGGUUGCCUAAAGGAGGUAAUUUCCUCCCCCCCUCCACUCCCCAGGCGAUCAUAAAAGGAAGCAUUUAUAAAAUGGAAGAGAGUUGGCUCCUCUCAGGCCGUUAAUCCAGUGCAAAGGCCUCCAAAACAGGGCCUUGUUUUGUCUCUCUUCUCACAUUUCAGAACGUGCCUGUGGCGAGACCCACCUUUCUGUCCCUUAGGUAUGGCUGAGUUGUAUGUCUAGUGAGUGUGGAACGUUUGAGUGGGUGUGGCUGAUGAUGCGGUGAGAGAGGGGGACGGAGCAGUAUAAAUAGGUUGGCUGAGGGGAUUGUGAGGGUUAGUUUGAGGUGGUUGUUUGGUUUGAGUGGGUUUUAGUCUGGGUUGUGCUUCGUGAGAGUGUUUGGUGUGAGGAGUGAGAAUUUUAAGGAAA